AAAAAAAAGCAUGUUUAUUCUGAAACACACCGGCAUUGAGAUUUAAUGUGACACGCUGUCAUUCCCUCCUUAUCCAUGUUUAUAGAACAAAACACAGCCUUCCUCACAUCCACUCAUUGGUGUUCAUUGGUGAUGAGUUAACGUUGGAACAACUUUGGGCAACAUGGAUAAAAUCUUCUGUUAUGGUACUUUUCAAUUUGUAUGUAUAUCUGUAUAUAUGGUGGCAUAUGGCUGUCCAUAGAGAAACUGUUAAUGGUUAAUAGCAAAUUAAAUACCCAACAAAUCAAGUUACUUAAAUACAUUAAUGCAAACAAUAUAAAAAUCCCUAUCUGUUAUAAAGCACUUGAUUUGCAGCAUUGCCGUAAAUGGUGUAAUACACCCAAAGAAAUGAAACUGUUAUACACCACGGUAUAAACAAAUGAAUCGCCUCAUGGUAUCGCUGAACUCUGCUGCGAGGUAUUGAGUGUUUACUACCUAAACACAAAAAGACCUUUUGAAGUCUCUGUUGAUUAAUAUACAUUUAACACUGUUAGUAUUUUGAUACCACUUUGUCUGUACGAUAAAUAUGAAGCUGAAAGCAAAGUCCACCUACUAGCAUCUCUAAAGCCCGCUUAUUAACAUGUUACUUCUUGUUUAUGUUUUAUGGGGGCGGGGGUUAUGUGCCAAACCAUUUCUUGGCUGUGAAAAUAAAUAGUCUGACACAUAACCCGCCUUAAGACCACAACGUGUAAUUUUCCCACGUCAAAUUUUGUAUAGAUUUAAACAAAGGACAGAUUAUAAAGACGGAUUUAAAAGCUUUGGAGGUGCUGUAGGCAGAUUCUGUUAUCAUAGUGUUUCCCUUGUUUCCAGUGUUUGUGCUGAGCUAAGCUAAGCAGCUACUGGCUGUAGCCUGACAGAUAUGACAGUGGUAUUGAUCUUCUCAUCUAACUGUCCAACUAUUCCUCUCCAAAUCAAUCAGUUUGGUUCACUCACCAAAUGGCAACUAUUUCGUCUGUCAAGUGUUAUAUCAGUGUCUCUGUGUAACGGCUUCUGUCAUUUAGUCUUUUCCUUUUAAGUAACCUUGACACAUUCAUUAAAAUAAACAACAACUGAUCUACAGAAAGCAGCAGCUCACUGUUUUAUGAUGUAAAAAUACAUUCCUGCAGUCAUCCAGACGCCCCUUUUGUAGCUUGUGACAACAGCAUAAUUAAAACCAAUUCAGCUACUCGUGCUCAAAAGGCUUUUGAUAAAUGAUUGCAGGAAGUGAGUGAGACGUUGUUGUUGAUAAAAAUAUAUUGUAGUUUAUAUUGUCUACCAAGAUGUUUUGAAUUGCACAAGAGCUAAAGGUUUAUAUUAGAUCUACGAAAUAAUUUUGGUUUAUCAAUUCUCCUUCUUCAAUAUGCCACCGUGGUUUAAGAGCUGCUCUGACUUUAAUCAAUUCAUUAAAAAGCAAUUGCUUCUGAACAGUUUGAAAGUGGGUUAAUUGGUCACAACAUGCAGCACAGGCUCUGGUUCAAGUAUACAUUUUGAAUAUAAACUCAAUAUUUAAAGAGUUUGUGAGUCUAGGACUUCCUGCUGCCACUUGAGCCUUACAUCUGUUCACAAUGUCUGAAAUAGUCGGAGUUAUUUAUGUGCAGACACAAGGUGUGUCUGAGACAGCAUGGGUGCUCUGCAACUUUCUCUACCGACUACGGCAACAGACUUUUAAAUAGCUCAACAGCCAUAAUGCAUAUGUUAUCUCACAGGAGCUGCGCUGGUGCAGACCACAUUAAUAUCAGAUGCUUCAUCUUCCACUCAGCAGCACCCACCCUGUCCUAAUUUGACCGAUGUUUAGCAUCAAGGUCAGUGAGUUGCGUGCAAGCAUGUGCCAUGUAAAGCCGUUUGUUUUAGUCCAGCUGUACAACAUUGAGGGUGAUUUCACUCAUUAGGCCCUCACUGUGAUUGUGAGUAUUAUCAGCUGGCGUGGUGAAGGGUUUUCAAUGCAAUACUGCAUGCACGCAGCUCACAGUGUCACAUGACAAAGGACCACCGCACUAGGCAGAAGACAGGAUUAUGUUAGAGAGGAGGUAUGAUUGUAAAGCUGCAGUGAUGGAAGCAGGAGGGGGUGAGGGAGAGAGAGAGAGAGAGAGAGACAGGUUCGAUGUCAGACUGCUGCAGUCACGGCUGGGCAGGGCUUACGGGCUGUCACUCACAUAGGGACACCAUGCCGCAGCCACACUGUGGGGGAGGGGCUGCCUGUGCAGCAGCUCAGGGGUGAGGAGAGGUGGAUUGGAGUGUAUGAAUGUGUGUGUGUGUGGAUGGGUGGGGGUCUGCUCUGCACCAAUCAAGCAUUUUAAGUCAAAGUCGAAGCAGAGAUGUAACAAUAGCAACAUCAGGGCUGUUACUGCUGGCAGCACUGCAAUAUGUCAAAUAUUAAUGUCAGCGGUUCGUGCUGUGAAAAAGCCCAGAGACAAAUAAUUUGGUAUUUACUCUAAGCUGCACAUCGAGUCCGGCCUUACCGGGUCACAGGCCUUUUACAAAAGUGACGUACAGCCUUUUGCCAAUCCAAACCGCCAGUCUGACAUUUCUGCUCUACUUCCUGAGCCAAAUGUGGUUUUCAGUUUGCUCACGGCUCUCAAGGUUCACUGGCUUCCCAUGUCCCAAGGCUAUAUGCAACGUAGCAAAACAACAAUCAUGUAAAUAUGUAAUAUUAGCAAUAAGUAACAUAAUAGUUUGCUUAUUUGCUUUCUGGCAGAGACUUAGAUGAGCAGGUUGAUACCACUCAUAUUUGACCCCUAAAUAUAAGGCUCCAGCUAGCAUCCAGGUAGCUUAGCUUAGCACAAAGAGAGAGAGUAGCUUGCAUGGCACUGUAAAAGGUAACAAAUAAUUAACACAUUUUAUCUUAAAAACUGAAGUUCCCAGACUGUUUCUUGGCUGGGACCAGUUUCCUGGAGUCUCUGCUGGUUGCCUGGCAACUACCAAGAGAUAGUCUGCCACAUAAAACAACAAAUUGUUGUUUUUACACUUCAGAUUAUGUACAGAUUAAACAAACAAAAUACAACAUGCUAAUCAGUGAGCUUUAGAGUUGCUGGUAGGUGUAUUUUGUAGCUGUUGGACGGAGCCGUGCAAGCUGUUUCCCCCUGUUUCCAGUCUUUGUGCUAAGCUAAGCUAAGUGGCUGCUGGCUGUACCCUUUAAGGGAAGAUGUGGUACUGUCUUACCCAACUCUCAGAAAGUGAAUAAGUGCAUUCCCAACAUGUCUAUACCUUUAAAUAAAUAUAUAAAUGUAUUCAAGGGAUAUUGUGGGAUUUUGUGUUUAUACAAGAAUGUUGCAGACUAAUUUGUAAAUAAGAUCUUGACUCAGAUAAACAAGAUAAGCGAAUGCAAAAUACAUCUCAAGCCAAAUCCUCUCUCCUCUUCAUAUUAGGCAUACAUUAGCACUUCAUAUUAUCCAUAGUGCAGCUUUAAUCUGUCUGAUCUACAACAGCAGAUGAGACAGCUAUUUCAAAGGCACAAUACUCUGGUACCAUAAUAUACACGCUGCACAGUCCAUCCUGCAGACCCCACUGUCUGCUCCCUGUUCCAGAAAGCGAGAAAGCUCUAAUGGGAAGCUGAAGUAGUAACUGUUUGUCCCCACCUCACCCUCCUCCUCGCCCUCCUUUCUCUGAGCUCAGAGUAAUUCGUAUUGAUUGUUUUGUGCAACUCGAUACCAAGGUGAUUCACCGGGACUACCAUACAAUCUCAUGUCUCCUCCACCGCUGAUAUUAAGGGUGGGGGGGAGGGAGAAAUGGGGGCGGAUAAUCUUCUGUUGUUCCCUUGGUGGGUCUUAAUGAGAAAUCUUCAGGUGAACAUUUGUUCCUUCAAAACGGCAGACAUGAUAUAGAGCCCGAAUCUAUUAAAAUGACUAGCAGUGGACCACAGACCCUCUGUGCUGUAGUCAUCUUGGAAACACACCAGGCUGUUAGUGAAGAUCCAUCCUUCCUGCUGGCUGUACUAUGGCAAGUGGAGAGGCAGGCCAUUGGGUGCAAUCUGUGUGUGGGAUUAGAUGGUGCUCCACAGGGGUCUCAAUGUCUGUGUCAUCCAUCUGCUGUUGUGUCUGUCUUGUCUUGUCUCUUCCUGUGUCUCUCCUAUUUUUAUGUUCUCUCUGUGUGAUUGGUUGUUAAACGUUUUUUUAUGUAUAUAUAUGUGUGUGUGUGUGUGUGUGUGUGUGAGAGAGAGAAAGCCAGAAGGUGCUUGUUUUUGCAGUUAUGUGUGUCACUUCACUGGUUUGCGUGGGUUUCUCUGUGGUGUCUGUCUGAAUGAAAGUGGUCGCAGGCUUAUCUGGCUCCAUUCUGACCCCUUGCAUUUAUUUCCCAUAGGAGCACACUUCACCAGGCAUCAACACAGCCAUGCUACCUCCUGCCGACACUUUCACCUGGGCGCUCCCCAGGCUCCCAUCUCAGCAGAGUUCCCUCUAGGACACGCCAGCCAGCCGCCUCAGACCGGCCUGGCCACCCACCUGCCCCCGGCACACCAUCCGCCCCUCACUGCCCUGCCCGCACCCCCUCAGUUCCAGGAUGUGCCGGGGCCUCCAUUCCUACCUCAGGCCUUACACCAGCAAUACCUCAUUCAGCAGCAGCUUCUUGAAGCGCAGCACCGCAGGAUUCUCCCGCACUCCAGAAGAACCCAGGAGCGUAUUCCCCUGAACCCUCACCGACUGCGUUCAGGCUAUGAGUACUCCCCUCCCCUUCAUGUCCCCCAGCCAAUGACACAGCAGCAGCAGCGAUACCUGGCCGAAGGCACUGACUGGGAUCUUAGCGUUGAUGCUGGCCUCCCUCACCACCAGUACCAGCUCCAGCAGCUUCCGCAGCACUAUCAGCAUUACCUGGCCUCUCCUCGAAUGCACCACUUCCCCAGGAACACAUCUUCUGCACAAGUGGUUGUGCAUGAAAUCAGAAACUACCCAUACCCACAGCUGCACCUGUUGGCACUGCAAAGUUUGAAUCCUUCGAGGCACGCCACCGCAGUGCGAGAAAGUUAUGAGGAGCUGUUGCAGCUAGAAGACAGGCUGGGGAGUGUCAGCAGAGGAGCUGUUCAGACUACCAUAGAAAGAUUCACCUUUCCACACAAAUACAAGAAGAGAAAGCCCCUGCAGCUGAAGAUUGGGGAGGAGGAGGAAACAGAUGUGGAUGAGAAAUGCACCAUCUGUUUGUCCAUGCUGGAGGAUGGAGAGGACGUCAGGAGAUUGCCCUGCAUGCACCUCUUCCACCAGGGCUGCGUGGACCAAUGGCUGGCCACCAGCAGGAAGUGUCCAAUCUGUCGAGUUGACAUCGAAACACAGCUGAACCCUGACAGCUGAUGAGAUUCAAACUCCCCUCCUUGUCAAUCACCCUCGUGAGGUUCCUGCUUUCUUCCACCCCGGCUUGCCGGCCCUCCCCCCCUUGUUGGGUGCUUUGCCAAAUGUCUCCAGACUUCAUGUGACAUCACCACCCUUCUGACUCACGCUUUACUGAGCCAAGCCAGGAUAACUAACUGAACGAGAGGCCGCAAAAGGACUCUCUUUAUAUAGAAGCACAUCCCUCUGGAGGCAAAAGACACGCAGACACACACACAUACUCAUAUACACAGGGUUUACUUGUAGCUUGCUGGUCGUAAGUGGGGUGUUGUUGCUGUUGUGGUGUUGUACUGUAGGUAGCCCCGGGCUGUGUAGCAUGUCCUCAAAGCCAUGACUUAAUGUCCUGAGAGUGGAAAACACAUAACCCCACACUGAGCUGGCUACUUUCUCUCUUUUUCUCUCUUUCUUUCUAUAUAUAUAAAUAUAUAUAUAUUUCUCUCUUUUCAAACACACUUCAAUCAAAGUGAAUAUUCUGCCACACGAGGAAACUUAACAGAAACUAAAUGCUCUGAUGCCAUGUUUACCUAAAGAUCAUUUGUGGUCAUAGUAGAGUAGCAGUAACCAACAAGUGAUAUCUGGUGUGCUGUCGCCUUCUCGGGGGCAAGCACCAGCUAGCUGAGUGUUUUAAUUCUAUCAUGCAGCUUUGACAUUUUGCAAUACAGUUGUACAUUUACCUUGGGUUGGUGUCAUGUGAGAUGGUGUCAUGUGAGUAGGUCUCUUUCACUGCCGCGGAAAACGAGUGAUCGAGUCGUUCGUGUGUUUUAAAAUUUCAAAAUAGGUAGAAAGUGUUUUUACCAAAAUGCAUUUUUGUCACGGUGUAGCUUGAGCCUGACGCGCAGGCUCACAUGUGUGUGUGAGCUCUGCCCUGCUGUGUGUGACUUAAAGAAUGUGUCUAACAAAUGUGUGGAUGUUCAGAAAGUGCAAAUGUGAGCAUGUUUCAAGGGUUCAAGGCAACACCUGGACGUUAAUUCACUGUAGGUUAAUAGCAUGGCCACUGGAGUGCUUAUACAACACAAAGCCAAAAAAAAAAAGGGAUGAAAAAAGGAAACUAUGGUGCGCUGCAGAGCGAGUGGGAGGAAGAUUUAGCUGCCCUUGUACCCGUGUCUUCAUCUGGCGCGGGGCCAGUGGCAGAACAGUGUGUACUAAAAAUGCAUGUUUCAUCAUUGACUUGGGCUGUUAGCUUUGGUAGCGUUUCUUCAAUUUAAAAAGGUACAGAGAUGGCUUUGCAUGACUUAGUUAAUCUGAGCUGUGACUAUCUUCUCAACACUAACAAACAAAAAAAAAAGAGCACGGUGUCAGUGGCUGCUUCCCUGACUUGUAGCGUGUGUUCAUCCCUGUCCCCUUUGGUGGCAACAAUGGGAUCUUCUUUUUGAUGUUUACCUUAUUGCCUAAAGAACAAGCACAUGUGACAAUAGUUAUAGCAACAAAAGGUUUUUCCUUGGUAUUGCAUUUGCGUUGGUUUAUAUUUAGGUAUAGAUUCAUGCAGUGUUUCAGCAGAGAGAGGAGCUUGCGUAUUGAUCUUGUGUAUUUGUGUGACAGACCUCCCCUCGUGGUUGCUAUGCUGGUUGCUAUGCUGUAUUGCUAGAACAUGUAGAACGUGGUGCGACGGAGGCAGCCUCCCUCUCGCAGUGCACACAGACGUGAGACGGCACAACAGCCGGAAAAACAUUCAGGCUGUUAACAACAAGUCGAACCCCCCUCACUCGCUUCUUGGUCCGACCAGUUUUCACUUCUUUCUUUCUUUUUUUAAAACCGUUUGUGUCGACUUAUCAUUUCAGUUCCACAGGGCUGUGUCUUAAAAGGCUGCCUUUAGGACCCUCACUGUCCUAUGCACUGUGAUAGUAAAGGAUAAGACUUGGCCCAGAGACUCUUUUAGCCUCAGUGGGCCAAGGAUCAAUUAACAAGGAUUACUUCUCCCUGUCUUGUGCACUGCCGGUGUUGACACUGCCUCCUCCUGUAGUGGAGUCAUCUGUGAUGAAGUUUUCAUAGUUUACACAGGGUGUUGUCAGUUGAGAUGCCUUAAGUAUUUAACAAUCAUAAUUUAUUACUAACUGUAGAUAUUGUGGGUAUGUAUUUAAUUUUAUAUAGUUUUUUUUUGGGGGGGGGCAACUGAAUCAUAAUUUAUUUAUUUAGAAAUAACACAAAAAUGCUAUGAAAAAAACUAUUACCUCAUUUUUGCAUUGUUUUAAAUGGGAAUGCUUUGCAUGCAGUUGUACUUUUUUGAAACACUAAAGUUAAAGAAAAAAAAAAGAGCCCUGCUGUUUGAUCUCCACAAGCUGGCUGUGCGAUGUUUACUGUCCAAGGCUGAGCUACUGAGCCCGCUCUCCGUCUUUCUCUCUCUUUCUCGUUCUCUCUCUUUCUCAGUCUCUCUCUCUCUCUCUGUAUUUCUCAGUCUCUCUCAUGUGGUGCUGUGGAUCUUGGUUACAUUCCAUUCAAUGCAAUUUCUCUGAUCCCCCAUGCUGUGAUGUAGUGGACAAACUGCAAUGAAGUGAAUUGGUUUUAGUUUGUGUUAUUAUUAUUUUUGCACUCACUUGUUUUAAAUAUGGGAACCCUCUCACUGGCAAAAAACUUAGUUUAGAUAAUUUAAUAUUAUCACUAAGAACUCUGGCUUUUAUUUUUAAAUGCUCUGCUUCUCACAAUGCACUAUGGGUCUUAAUAAUGAUCAUCUGUGAAGCAUGUUUCUUCGCUUUAACGCUUUGUGUCUAUCUUUAAUUUUCAUCUCUCUGGUGUUUCUCUUCAGUUCCUUUUCCAGAAUAGUUUGUAGAUUUAAGCAUAACAAGUGCCUCGCUUUAAGUGUUAGGAGAUAUUUCCAUAUUACUGAAACCAUUAAUAACAAUCAGUCAAUGAAGCCACCAUGCCUUAUUGGUUGCAUAAUUAAUUAAAGGAAUGAGUUGUGAAGGAGCUAAGACAACAUUUGACAGGUGUGUACAAAAGCCAUUAUCCUCAAAAUUCAAGUCAAGCUGUCCAAAAUAGCUGUUGGUUUGUCGUGCUUGAAGCAUUACGUGUUGUGGAAAUAGUUCUGUAAAAAGGCAUGUUUCACUGUGGGCUUUACAAAUACUACAGAAAUUCUUCCUUAGUUCAUUUCUGUGUUCUGUUUAUCUUCUAUCUCCUUCACCUUUACUCAUUUCUUUUUUUUUUUUUACCGUCCAUCUCUCCUCUCAGACUAUCCUCUGUUUCCUUUCACAGUCUAAAAGGAAGGCAAGGAUUUUAAAGCACAACCUUUUCUAAAAAUGCAUGUUUUCUCAGGUUUCAAUAUAGUCUCAAUGGUUUAAUAGUAUAUGGUGAAAAUAUAUACAAAGAAUAUAACAGGAAAAAAAAAAUAUUCAUUUUGUUGCUGUUUGAAACUGAAAAACAAGGCUGAAGAGAAAAUAUCCCAAAAAGUGCCAGUGAAAGGGCUGCCGCCAUCCUUGUAUGAAAAUCUGCUGUUUAGCUGUGACUGCGCAAUGUUUUUCAAUAUAGGAUAUUUUAUCUGAAAAUAGAACUAUUUAUCAUUAAUAUUAAAGCAAUAGCGCAUUAAUGGUGAUGAGUGUGUUGAUGAAGAAAUGGAUGAGCAUAUUAUGGGUAAAUGUUAGAUUCACAUGUGUAUUUUGUACUUUAUUUAUUAUUACUACUAAUAAUAAUGAUAAUGAUUUCAAAAGUUGCAUUGCUAAACCCAAACUGUUCUGUUUUUUAAUUUUAAUUUUAUUUCAUGGCUUGUAUAUUAUCCUUUUGUAUGUGCUCUUUUUGUAAUAAAUUGGAUAAAAUGGA